AGGAGAUCCGUGUUCACCGCUGUAAUCGGCUUGGAUUCUCAAAAACAAAUAAGAACAUGCUCAGUCAAGGAGUAUUACCAUAUGAUGGGCUCGACAAGAUAUUCCAAGAAAUUGAAUGAGAAGAAAUAAACAGGAAUAAAAUUGAUUGAAAGCAGGAUCCCAACGACAAAAACUUCUUCUCUCUCUGUAUAUAACAGAUAUAUCCUUUGUAUGCUGACCAAUUUGAAUGCGUUGUUCAACUUUUAUAAUCAAGACACAGCAAAAGACCACUCUAAUCUAUAUCAAGGUACACAACGUGCUACCGAAGAUAUAUCAAACAUGUUGACUCAUGGAACAACUGAUGCUUGCUAGGGCUGGCAAAUGGAGGUCGUUGUUAUUUGAAGACUCCUCAAAAGAGAUGAUUCCGCUCGUUGUCUUCGGUGCAGGAAUGUUUGGAAAAGAUAAUGUGAAACUGAAAGGUCAUAGGUGCGGUGUUGUAGGCAAAUUGUUCAAAACGCUCAAGAAAAGAGGCGCUGAAGAUCAUUUGAUUGUUGUAACAAUUGACGAGUUUAAGAUCUCUAAAAUCUGUAGCUUCUGUUCCUCUGAUGACGUGAAUAUUAUUAGCACUUCUGGUUUCAAGGGCUGUAGCGUUCUUACUUGCAAACAAUGCCGUAAGGUGUGGCAAAGAGACAUGAAUGCGGCAAAUGACUGAUGAUGAUUUCCGAAACAAUUUGGUCAGGAAAAGAAAGAUCAGAUGUCUUUAAACCCGCUAAAGCACAAUCGCCGUAACAAACACGGUUUUCCUUUUUUUUUUUGAGGAUUCAGAUCAUUACAGGUAACAAAUCUGAACAAACUUUCAAAUUGUCUGAAUUUUCUUG